AUGAUGACCUGGCAUUUUGUUGCUGCAAAUACUCUAGUUAGUGGCCGGAACCCCGAAAACAAUAAACACCAUGAUAGGCAGUUUAUUGCAGAACUAGGAGCCGUGCAGCCGUGCAGGGCCCACCACCACCUGGGCUUAUGCACCGGAGCAGAGCGUGUCCAAUAUUCUGGGACGAAAGUGGUGAAGCAUUUUAAGGAGCUCUGGCUCGAAGAGGAGGAGGAUGAGCAAGGGCCCAGCUCUCAGGGAUCGACGACACUAGCGGGGUACCUCACGGAGCCUUAG